UUAAAACCAUUUAAAACAAUGCCCUGACUGCCUGCACCAAACAUUGUGACUUCAAUGAACAGAUUUGACUAGUUGAUAAGUGCUUCCACUGUUUUUGUGCGACAAUAAAUUUUCUUGACUUCAAUAAAAAAAAUUUUAAAAGAAAUUCGAGUUUCAAAAAAUGCAUUUGGAUCAAAAUGAGACGUAACAUUGUUAGCUUGAUCAAGUUUGUGGUAAUCGCGGGUUUAACAAUUUCAUGUACAGUGCUUACAUUUAAAAUAAUUCGCUCACCAGAGUAUGAGAAUAAUGAAUUAAUUUUAGUUCCAUCUUUUCGAGAACGUGAUAAAACUGUAAGAAUUGAUUAUCAUGAUACUCAGAAAAUUUUUGCUGAUAAAGAAAGGACAGGUUUGGGCGAGCAUGGAAUUGCGGCAAAUAUAUCUAUACCUGAAGCUUUGAAGAAAUCAUUGUAUGAUCAAAAUGGAUUUAAUGCAGCUCUAAGUGAUCUCAUUUCUGUAGAAAGAUCUCUUCCAGAUAUUCGUCACCCUGGAUGUAAAAAAAAAUUUUAUUUAAAAGAUUUGCCAAAAGUUAGUGUUAUUAUUCCAUUUUACAAUGAACAUUGGAGUACAUUACUUCGAACUGUAUAUAGUGUAUACAAUAGAUCUCCUGAAGAAUUAUUGGUCGAAAUUAUUUUAGUCGAUGAUGGCAGUACUAAAAAAUUUUUAAAACAACAACUUGAUGAUUAUUUAAAAGUGAAUUUAACCAAAACAAGUGUCAUACAUUUGGAACAUCGAUGGGGGUUAAUUCGUGCUCGCUUAGCUGGUGCUAAGGUUGCAAAGGGUGAUGUACUGGUUUUUUUAGACUCACACACUGAAGCGAAUGUAAAUUGGCUGCCACCCUUAUUAGAACCUAUUGCACUGGAUUAUCGAACAUGUGUAUGCCCAUUUAUCGAUGUUAUUGACUAUGAAACAUUUAAUUAUCGUGCUCAAGACGAGGGUGCUAGGGGAGCAUUUGAUUGGAAUUUUGAUUACAAGCGCCUUAAUUUGUUAUCGGAAGACAAAAAACAUCCAAGCGAACCAUUUAGGAGUCCAAUAAUGGCCGGUGGAUUAUUUGCAAUAAGUGCAAAGUUCUUUUGGGAACUUGGAGGGUAUGAUGAAGAAUUAGUCAUUUGGGGUGGUGAACAAUACGAAUUAAGUUUUAAAAUUUGGCAAUGCCAUGGACAGAUGUAUGAUGCUCCAUGUUCGCGUGUUGGUCAUAUUUACAGAAAAUUUGUACCGUUUCCCAAUCCGGGCAUUGGAGAUUUUCUUGCUAAAAACUAUCGUCGUGUGGCAGAAGUAUGGAUGGAUGAAUAUGCAGAAUAUCUCUACAUGCGUCAUCCAUAUUAUCGUAGUAUAGAUCCUGGUGAUUUAACACUACCUAAGUCGAUUCGUACAAAAUUACAGUGCAAAAGUUUUAAAUGGUUUAUUGAGAAUAUAGCAUUUGAUUUAGUAGUAAAAUAUCCACCAGUUGAACCGAAUGAUUUUGCUAAGGGUCGUAUUACUAGCGCUAUUGAUCCCGAGCUGUGUAUUAAUGUUGAUAAUGAAAAACAAAAUACACGAAUUGAUUUAAAAACAUGUUCAGUGGAUGAUCCGAAAUUAACUUUUUCACUUUCAUGGCACAAAGAUAUUCGAGUAAAUGGUGGGAAAAUGUGUUGGGAUGUGGCUACCUCACAUAAAAAGGCUCCCGUUUUGUUAUAUGGAUGUCAUGGAGAUAAGGGAAAUCAGUAUUGGUAUUAUGAUGAGAAACAUAAAUGGUUAGUCCAUGGCGAACAUGAUAAACGCUGUUUGGAUGCUGAUUUUGGUAGAAAACAAGUGUAUAUGAGCGUGUGUGAUAAGAAUUCUCCAACACAAAAAUGGCAAUUUGAAAUUGUGGACUCAAAAGCCUUAGAAUCCGGUUAUCAGGAAAAAUUAUAAUCCUUUACAUAAUUAUUAGACGAUAUAACGAAUUAACUGACUGAAGCAUUUUGUAAUAAAAUAAAAAAUUAACUCCUUUACAGUGAUAAAAAAAUAAAAUGGAAUUGCCAUAUUAAUAGACAAAAAUUAACUAUGAUUUUCGGUUGCACCGAAUGUUUCGCUUUUGUAGUCUAAAACAAUUCCUGACAUAGUCUUACCAACGAGUGUUUUUUAGAGGUAUACAAAAAAUUCAUUUAAAUAAACGUAAAAGUCUCUUUUAAAAUGAAAUAGAGGUAUUAAAAUGAAUAAAAAACAUAAAAAUUGUGAUAAUGGCCUUGGUUUGGCUUCAUUUGAAAUAUUUUUAUGUACAAAUUAAACACAAAUUAGUUGCCAGCCCUGGUGGAAAAAAUAUUUGAAAAAAGAAGUCUUAAUAAAUCUUAGGAAACUCUGAAAAAGUCUUAGAAACUUUAAAAAAGUAUUAAGAACUCUGAAUAACUCUGAAUUAGACUAGUCCGAAAACGUUGUGAAAUUCAAAGUUCCUAAGACUUUUUCAUAAUUUCUUAUUCUUUCUUCAAAUAUUUUUUCCACCAGGGAAAUUGGUUGUAACUAGAACAUGUAUUGCCAAAUUAAAAUAGCCCUGUAAAAAACACUCAAUAUUUAAUAAGUACUUACAUAGUAUUUCACUAUUAGAACUAAA